CUUAAUUAUAUGGACUAAAAUAGGUUUAGUCUUUUGAUAUUUAUUUAGUGGAGAUAAAUAAUAUAUUUAAGGCAUUUUGAAAAAUCAAGAAGGAUAAAUUAUUGAAUAUAAAUUUGAAAGAGGACAAUUAUUACAAUAAACAUAAUUUGGAGAUUUUUAUAAAUUUUCAAACAUUGAUUUACAAGAAGUUCUAAUAGCAAAGAUUAUACCUAAAAGUAAAAUCACUACAAAUAGAAUUAAGCAACAAGUAUAGAAAAGCAAAAUUUAGUAGGUACUUUAAGAGAUUAGAAUUUAUCAAAAGAUAACACAUUAAAACAUAUUAAAAUUCUGUGGUACUUUUGAAGAUAAAGAUUAUCUUUAUAUUCUUCUUGAAGAUUUUCAAUAAGUAAUGUAAUUUGAAAGUAUAUAAUAGUCGCUUUGUGAUUAUUUAAGAUAAUAAAAAAAUAUAAGUGAAGACAAAGCUAUAUUAUAUUUUGCUUAAAUAGUUGAUGCUUUGUACUAUCUCCAUGAAAACAAUAUCAUGCAUCGAGAGUAUAUAUAUAUAAGAUGAAAUUUAUAUAGUUUAAAACUCAGUAACAUAUAUUUUACAAAGGAUUAGCAAUUGAAAAUUGGUGGAUUUAAUUAUGCAAUAUAAUUAGAAUAGAAAUAGGAAAGAAGAAAAUCAAUUUGUGGAACUUCUCAAUAUUUAGCUCCAGAUAUAUUAUAAAAUGAGGAUGGAUAUUCUCUUAAAGUAGACAUUUGGUAUUUAGGAAUUAUUUUAUACAGAUUAUUGUAUAGUGUUCAUCCAUUUUAAGCAGAUGAUAUAAAAUCUGCAUAUUAAAAUAUAAAAACUACUAAAUACAAGUUAAGAGAAGAAGUGAAAAUAUCUUAGAAUAUAAAAGAUUUAAUUGAUUAAUUAUUGAAUGCUGAUCCUAAUAAAAGACCUUCAAUUGAGAAGAUUAGAGAAUUCUGUUAAGUUUUGAAUUGA